AUUCUUUGAUUCAAUAACCUAUUUUUAAUUUGCAUUAUUACGUGUAAUAUGGAGAGUCCAUGUAACUAUUUUAGAUAUACAUUUAUCUAGAAUUUAAAUAGUUUGUAACUGAAGCUUUCUUUAUAUUAAAGGAGAAACAAAAAAAAUAUCUUACAAAAGAAUGUCGUUUUCGUAAUUAUCAGACUUUCCAAAUAAAAUUAUUUUACUUUUUUUUCUGAAAAAAGAAAAGAAGUAAGAAAGGCUUCUUCAUCAAACAUAACGUAUUGCUUCAUCUUCUUCCUCUUCUCUAACAUUCCCCGGUAUGGGUCUCACCACUUCUUAACUUCUCUCUCUCUUUUAUAUCUUCUUGAUAAGUAUGAAGAACCCAUCUCAAUUCAGAUCCAAUCAUACCCUUCUCUUCUUUCUCUAAUCACCAAUCAAACAAAACACACAACCAACAACAACAAUUCAGCUUCUGUAAUUACAAUCUGGGGACAAGAAAGCAUGGCGAUGUUAGUUGAGCCACCAAAUGGGAUCAAACAGCAAGGGAAACAUUACUACUCCAUGUGGCAAACACUGUUCGAAAUCGACACUAAGUAUGUUCCCAUCAAACCCAUCGGAAGAGGAGCUUACGGUGUGGUUUGUUCUUCCAUCAACCGCGAGACCAACGAGAAGGUCGCCAUCAAAAAGAUUCACAAUGUGUUCGAGAAUCGCGUUGACGCCUUGAGGACGCUGAGAGAGCUCAAGCUUCUUAGGCACGUGAGGCAUGAUAACGUGAUCGCGCUUAAAGACGUUAUGCUCCCUACGAAUAAAUCGAGUUUCAAAGAUGUUUACUUGGUUUAUGAGCUGAUGGAUACUGAUCUUCAUCAGAUCAUUAAAUCCUCUCAGUCUCUUUCUGAUGAUCACUGCAAAUACUUCUUGUUCCAGUUGCUAAGAGGACUGAAGUAUCUUCACUCUGCAAACAUCCUUCACCGAGAUUUGAAGCCAGGGAACCUCUUAGUCAACGCUAACUGCGAUCUAAAGAUAUGCGACUUCGGGUUAGCUAGAACGAGCCAGGGAAAUGAACAGUUCAUGACCGAGUAUGUGGUCACGCGUUGGUACAGAGCACCUGAGCUUCUUCUCUGCUGUGACAACUACGGAACCUCCAUUGAUGUCUGGUCGGUUGGGUGCAUAUUCGCGGAGAUUCUUGGUCGAAAACCGAUAUUCCCGGGGACGGAAUGUCUCAACCAGCUUAAGCUCAUCAUCAACGUCGUUGGUAGCCAUCCUAACCCUCCAUCGCUUGAGAUGUUUCCUUCAUCCAAUUCUUUCUCACCGUCGUCUAUGUUCUCAGUGUGUGCAUCUCUAAGUGGCUUCUCGAUGCUCUUUAGAUCGAUGCUCAACGAUUUCGUACCGGACCAGCUCCGUUCCUACAUCUACGAGAACGUACUGGGCAGACUAUUCACUCCGAGUUCGAAGAAUCUCACGUUGAUUAUCGACGAGAACUCCAAGUAUAAGAGAAACCUAGUCUACGAAGCGGCGGAGAUGUACCUCCGCACCAAGAUCGGCCCCGAGACUGAGCGUUUACGCGUUGCAAAAACUCCGAAGCAGAAGCACUUGAAUGUCACGAUAGCCAAAGGAGAAGCGAUCCGCGAUACGUUCGAGGACUUCCAGGUGAGGUGGUUAUAUGUUCAGACGGAGAAGGAGAACAGUGAGAAAGUAAAACGGUACUACGAGCUCACAUUCGAGAAGAAGCUGAGAGAGAGAGUCUUGGACUCUUACUUGAACCACGUUAUCGCGGAGUCGGAAAAGAUCAAGAGGGACCUGAGAGUGGUGAAUCUCUAUAGCCGAGAUGUGCCUGGGAGCAGGGACGACGAUGGUUCUUCUUGCGGGAGCUGGGGAUGUAUAAGUCUAGAGCAUCCUUCGACGUUCGACACAUUGGCGAUGGAUCCAAGUGCAAAGAAGAAGAUAAUCGAUGACUUGGAGAGGUUUCUGAAGAGGAAAGAGUUUUACAAGAGAGUUGGUAAAGCAUGGAAACGUGGUUACUUGUUGUAUGGCCCACCAGGAACUGGUAAAUCUAGCUUGAUAGCCGCCAUGGCUAAUUACCUAAAGUUCGAUGUGUUUGAUCUUGAUCUUAGUAAUAUUUAUGACAAUGGUGAACUGAAGAGGAUUUUGUUAUCCACCACGAAUCGUUCUAUUUUGGUGAUUGAGGAUAUUGAUUGCAAUGCUGAGGUGAGAGAUAGGGAAGACGAGAAUCAAGAAAUUGGAAAAGCUAGAGGAAAGAGGAAACGCAGGGACGAUGAGUAUGACGAUAGUGAGGAUCAAGACACACAGUUGACUCUCUCAGGGAUUCUGAACUUCAUUGAUGGGUUAUGGUCAAGUUUUGGAGAUGAAAGAAUCAUCGUGUUCACGACAAACCACAAAGACCGGCUUGAUCCUGCGUUGCUACGUCCUGGAAGAAUGGAUAUGCAUAUCAAUAUGUCGUAUUGUACAGGCUUAGCAUUUAGGACAUUGGUUUCUAAUUACCUUGGUUUAGAUGGCUUAAACCAUCCUCUAUGUGAAAAAAUCGAGAAGCUGAUAGAUUCUACGGAGGUUACUCCAGCUGAGUUAGCUGAAGAGUUGAUGCAGGACGAUGAUACUGAUGUUGUUCUCCGAGGAGUAAUUAGCUUUGUUGAAAAGAGGAAAGACGAGAAAAGCAAGGUCAAGGCCCAGGAGGAUGUUUCUGCUUGUAACGAAGUUGUAACUAAGAUAGAUGAUAGUGACGGGAAACAGAAUAGUACGAAGAAUCAGAAGCAGGCUGGUAAAAGGGGCAGGAAAAGGCAAAAACUUAUGUAGAAUAUAAUGUCUAAUGAGUGAACCAAACCCUUUAGUUUUGGUUUUAAGUAUCCGGCUUGAAACUUACUAAAACUAUUUUCUGUUUAGUUUGUGUCGAUUUAAAUUUGUGAUUUGAGUUUUGGUUUAAAGUGAGACUUAUUUUACUCAACAGAAAAUUAAGUUCUGAUACAAUUGUUAUA